AAAAAAUUCCUAAUUUUUUUUUUAAAAAUCCAAUAAUCCUUGAUCUUAUUAUACCUCCUCCUUCCUUCUUUAAUUUUUCCGAUCGAUGGCGAAUAUAUUAUUGGAUUUUCUUCCAAUGUAUCGUUAAAAAGUGGAUCAUGGAAUAUAGUUAAUAUUCUUAAUUGAUGUCAUCGAUCUGGAAAUUAUAGAAGGAAGGAGAGUAGAAAAAUUAUUAACAAAUGGAAUUUCAGAGGUUAAAAGAUUUAUUGUUAUUGUGGGCAAAAGUGCAAACAAAUAGACUUGCCCUCGUGGGUGGAAAUCACACCGCAGCCAGGUUUUGCACCCGCUAAAUUUAUAAUUCUCUAUUAUUAUACCUCGCCAUCCCUCUUUUUUUUUUUUUUUUUUUAAAUUAAUAAUAGUUCAACCUUCCUUUUUCAUCUCGGGAGUUUUCUUCAACCAGCUUCUUUGUGGUGUUUGGCUAGCUUGCAUGCAUCUUUAGUUUUUCAGUGUUCAUUUUCAUAACUUGUCAUACAAAAAUGAGGUACAAAUCGAUGAAUAAUAUGUUGCAAGGUUUUUGCAACAAGCAACAUAACAAAAUGAGAGGUCUAUACAUUGAUGGAUUAAUGGAUUACCAAUGGGACACAAAGUUGGUGAUUAUAAGAGUAGACCAUUCUUGGGUUUUGAAGUUUAUGGCUCGUGCAACAAUUUUGGCAUUGGUAAUUGUGUCAUUACCUUGGAUUAAUACAAUAAUGGGGUACUUAUCAUCGCGCUACGAGUCUAAUUAUGCUUACAAAGUUGAUCAUGAAAUGGCUAAUAAACCAACUAAUUUGGAGUCUUUGCCUGCGAUGUUUCAAGAUUUGGUUAAUGAAGGACUUCUAAGAACGGGUGAUAGGUCCCUUCUUGUUAGCAAUUGCAAUGAGAAAGAAAUUGACAAUUCUCAAGUUGUUAAAGAUUACAAUCCAGAUUUGAUUUCUUUUUCAGAUUCUACAAAACAAAAUCUUGUCCCUAGUGAGACUUUUGAUCUUGUAUUUGCUUAUGAUUACCCUCAAUCAUCAAAUUUUAUUGAAAGAGCUUUGAAGGUAGGUGGUAUUCUAGUUGUACCACUAAGUGACAUUCCUUUGGUUGAUGAAUUCCCACAUCCAUCAAAUUACAAGAUUGUCUAUGUUAGAAAAUUUGAUUCAACUAUUGUAGCCAUGAAGAAACUAAAGAAUGCCUCUCUCAACUCUUCUAUGCGGCGACGUCUCAAUGCUCUUGCAACUAAUGCAGAAAAUGCCUCUGGUUCGAGCUCUGGGAACAGAAAACUUUUUGAUAAGGAGCAUUUGACUUCCCUUAGUCAGUCUGCUCAGCACGAUUCUAAAUUAGUCAGAUUAGUUGAUUCUGAAUAUCGGAAAUUUACAAAUGCAAAAGAGGCAGCACUAAAGAAACUUGAAGAUGUACUACUUGAACCACCAAGAGCAUCAUCUGGAAAAUCGAGUAGAUAUUUAAAAAAGACACAUUUUUUACCUGAUUUAAUGGGAGUUUCCCUAGAGAUUUACCCAAGAAGGGUGUUCAUUGAUGUUAGUUUACAAGAAAAGAAUCAAAAAUCAAGUGACAAUUCUCACUCUACUUGGUUUUCAAAGCAUUAUCCCACAAAAAACACAAAAUUUGAGAUAUUGAAGAUUGAGACUGUGACUGAAAAAUCAUCUGGAAAAGAGGUACCAUUGACUAUUAAUAACAUGUCUGAUUGGUUAAGUAAAAAUGUAAAAGAAAAUGAGUAUGUGGUAAUGAAGGCAGAGGCUGAUGUGAUUGAAAAAAUGAUGAACUGUAAGAGUAUUAGGUUAAUUGAUGAGCUUUUCUUGGAAUGUAAACAUCAAGGAAUUAAAAAAAGUGGUAAGAAACAUAGGAGGCCAUAUUGGGAAUGUUUAUCAUUGUAUGGAUUGUUGAGAGAUGAGGGUAUUGCUGUGCACCAAUGGUGGGGUUGAAAAAAUUGCAAAUUAAUAAAUAAUGAAUAAAAAAUAAUUUAAAAAAAAAAAGAUAGGUGGGGUGAGCAUAAUAGAAUAUUGAGGUUUUUUAAUUUUAAUUUCUUAUUGGUUUAUAUGUAUUCACUUGCUUGUGUCUAUUGAUGUACUAUACUUUGAGCAAAUAAUAUGGGGUAUAUAAAAGGGAUCUGUAUUAAAGAUA